ACUGCAGUCAAACAUUGAAAUAAGGUUUCGUUUUUGUCCAUUUGCUUGUUGUGAUCGCGCCACUAUGGCUUCACAAAAGCCAGAGCCCAAAAAAGAAGCAAAGCCAGUCCCAGCUGCAAAAGAAGAACCAGCUCCUGAAGCAGCAGAACGAGCAUCAACAGCCGAUCCUAAACCAACAACUCCAGCACCGGAAAAGGCUGCUUCUGCCCCAACUACAACACCAGAGUCAACUCCAAAACCUCCAGAAAAAGCCAGCCCUACACCUGGAGCGUCUCCAGUGGAAGCAGCCCCAGAACCAGCCAAAACACAGGCUUCUCCUCCAAAUCCGGCUUUUAAAUAUGAUCCUGCUGCUGCAGGUAAUCUCAGUGCUGAACAGCUUGAAGAGUUCAAAGAAGCUUUCCUGUUGUUUGCCAGGACUCCCUCGGGGGAGAUGAAGAUUUCACUAGCUCAGUGUGGAGAUGUGAUGAGAGCUUUGGGUCAGAACCCAACCAAUGCUGAAGUUUUGAAUGUUCUCGGAAAACCAAAGCCUGAAGAAAUGGAAUCCAGACUGAUAGACUUUGAGACUUUCCUGCCUAUGUUUCAACAAGUUUCAAAGUCUACUGAAAAGGGCACAUUUGAAGAUUUUGUGGAAGGCCUUCGAGUCUUUGACAAAGAAAGCAAUGGAACAGUCAUGGGGGCUGAACUUCGCCAUGUGCUCGCUACUUUGGGUGAAAGAUUGUCUGAGGGUGAAGUGGAUCAGUUGCUGGCAGGACAAGAAGACACAAAUGGUUGCAUUAACUAUGAAGCUUUUAUAAAACAUGUCAUGACUAGCUGAGGGAACUCUUCUGGUACAGCAGCAGCUUCACAUGCACCGCCAGCGGAGGUUAACUGAAGGUCAUGUGUGAGAAUUGUCAUCAGUGAUUGAUAAAGUUAUCACUGAAUCAAAAAUAAUGCAACUUUUUUUUUUUUUUUUUUUUUUUU